AUGAAGAAUUCAAAGCUUAUCUUGACUGCAAUAGCACUGGCGGUGCUUUCAGCAGCCAUAGCUUUUUACUAUGGAGAAAUCGCUACAAGUGUGUUUUUCCCACCCACUAUACCCGGGUCGGAUGACUUGCUCCACUCGGCUGAACGGAUCCACCUAUCCGGAGCAGUCGGGCCGGAGAGUCUUGCAUUUGAUUCCAAUGGAGAAGGUCCCUACACCGGCGUGGCUGAUGGCCGGAUUCUCAAGUGGAAAACCAGCAAUGAUUCCAAUGUCUGGGUUGAAUUUGCAGUUACUUCCUCCCAAAGGUAA